AUGGAUAAGCGUAUGAAGACUAGAAAAGGUAGAUCUGUGGCUGAAAUGAUGUCAGCUAAAAUAGCUAAGAAGACUACUGGUGUAGGUCCCUCUAAAUCUUGGAGCAAAGUAGAUAUGAAGAAGAGAAAGUGCUAUGAGGGAUUGGUUAAGGAAUUCAUUGUCAACAUUCCUGAAGAUAUUGCUGAUAAAAAUAGCAAGGAAUUUUGUAAAGUUUUUGUGAGAGGUAAGUGUAUCACAUUUUCUCCCACUGUCAUUAACAAGUUUCUGGGAAGAGGUGUAGAUGGUGCUUGUGAAUUGGAAGCUACAGACAAUAAGGUCUGUAGAGAAAUUACAGCAAGGCAGGUGAAAGAGUGGCCUAGUAAAAAGCAUCUUACUGCUGGGAAGCUGACUGUUAAGUAUGUCAUAUUGCAUAAAAUAGGAUCUGCAAAUUGGCAUGCUUCUACUAGUGCAGUAAAGCUGCCUAUAGCUUUUCCCUCAAUGAUUUGUGGGAUUAUCCUGAGUCAACACCCUGGGAUUCUGAGUACCAAUGACCUACCAAGUAGAAGAAAACUUGCUCUAUCAAUACACUAUAAACUGUUUGAAGGUAGUCAUGUCGAAGACAUUGUCAUGACAUCUACUAUGAAAAAGCCAGGCUCAAAAGGUGGGCUUAUUGCUGAGCUGAAGGAAAUGUGUAAAGAGUUGGGUGUAGGAAUAAGGGUAGCAACAACUAGGAAAGAAUCGUUGGAAGCCCUGAUUACAAGGUUGGAGCAAGCUGGAGGUGAGAAUAUUGAACAGGCUAAGGAAGCUGAAGCCCAAACCUAUAGUGAGAGGUUUGCAACUAAAGAUGAGACAAGUGGCAAUUCUGCUUCUGAUGCUGAUGAAGCUGCAAGCUCAAGCUCCUCUGAUUAG